AAACAAAAACUCACGUUAGUUACUUCGGCAACCCGGCAGCUGGACUGGCUUUGUUCGAAUACGUAUAUUAGGAUACAUUUUAUUCAUCUCUUAAUUCAUUAAUUAAAGUUUAGUGUGUUGUCUGCUAGUUUGUCCAGAGGUCUUUGUGACGGUAGGACGUUGUUGUUAUGGUUGGAAUUCGUGUACCGGCGUCGUGUUGUAAAUUAGGAUGAUCAUGUCAGUCAUGACAUGAUGAUGAGGUGAGGAGACAGUCAGAGUCACACACACUCGUCAGUUUAUCUUAGAUGGGUAAAAAGUGUGUGUUGCAGCAGUACCACGCAGCCGGCGGAUGGACUGACUGAGUGCGCUUUGUGUGUGGGAACAUGAAGAGGAAGGUGACCAAGGUGGGGCUCCUGAAGCUCAGCCCCAACGAGGAGGCUCAGCUGCUGAGAGAGGAGCAGGACAGGAGGAGGAAGCUGAGGCUGCAGCAGGUUCGAGAACAGGAGCGGCACAUUGCGCUGCAGAUUCGCAAGGAGGUGCAGCACCGCCGGGACCACGAGCUGCAGAAACUCGCCAAGCAGCUGAAAGAUGACUGGGAGCAACAGCAGAGAGACAGGCUACAGGUACUCAUGAAGGUCUAUGAGGAGAGCCUCAGCGCAGUGGGAGAAGGUCACAGGAGUGCCAAGGAGAACGAGCCUGACUGGGAAGCGAUGGCACGAAAAGCAGAGGAGAACAACGAGAAGGCGGUGGAGCGACACCAAGAAGCACUAAAGGAGCUAAAGCUGCGGCGGCAGAAGCAGCACGAAGAACGAACUCGACACAUCCAGGCUAGGAGAAGAGCCAUACUGGCAGAGAAAGAGAGAGCCGCCAAAGUGGCAAGUCUACCAGCCCGUCCUCUUGACCCGAUUGAGGAAAUUGAGACGAAGAAUGCGCCUUCCACGAAGAUGUCCAGCACGCACAGUUUUUCUUCCACGCGCUACCAUCUGCCUGAGACAGCGGUGGACCGUGAAGUGCACACCGAGCAACCAGACGCCCGGGUCGCUGCGGAGGAGGAAACCCGUCGCUUGGAGGAGCUGACGAGGGAGGAGGAGCGUGAACGGAGGGAGAGGGCAGAGAAGGCGAGACUCAGGGGCGUUCACGCCUUGAGGAAGGAACAUCUUAACCAGGACCGGGAGUGUCUCCUGCAGCAGCUGAGCCGGAUGCAGCAGGCCGACCUGCUCCGGCGCAGACAGCAGGUGGCACUCAUGCCCCCGCACAUCUUCCAGCCUCCGUACAAGAGGGAGGAGAUGAGGGAGCAGCGGCAGAGGGACCUGGAGAUUGCAUUCGAGAACAUGUACGCGGGAGAGAGAACAGCGAAGGAGGGCUUGGCCCUGCAUCUCGUCCCAGAGCCCUUUCCUGCCAUGUCCACAGACAGCCGGGAUGAGGACCUGGAUGUGACCGUGGAGCCCACGGCCGAGGAACCCGGCGAUGGAACCAUGGAGACCCCAGCGGAGGGACCUGCAGAUGGAAGCCCGAAGUCCAGCAAGGAAACCGUAGAAGCAGUGGCUGGUGAGGGUGUGGAACCCAGUCGACCUGAGCCAUUGUCUCUCUUGGAACGAGAGCCUGAAGAUGAGCGCUCCAGACAGGCGCUGAAGAAGCUUUUGGACAGAGUCCGAGCCCAGCAGAUGCAGCGCGGCAGGCGUAGCGGAAGCGAGAUUUCUGCCGCUGCGACCGAGAGCAUGAGCAUAGAGAGUGGUUCCUUGAGCAGCCAGGAGAGGGUGUCCCUGCAGCCAGAGCCCACAUCUCCUGCUCAAGAUCGUGACAUGCUGGAGGAGUCCAUUAUCGCAGGACCUCCGGAACCGCCGAGGGAGCAGUCAGAGGAGGGUCACAGAAUCGAGGCAGAGAGGAAGAAACGGGAAGAGGAGCUGGAGCGUCAGAAGCAGGAGCAGAUCACUCUAUUGCAGCAGCUGGAAGAGCAGCGGCACUGCCUGGAGCUCCACCUGCAGCAGGUGCAGCUGGACAAGGCGAGAAUGCAGGCUGGUUUGCUGCAGGAUUCUGGGAAAGGGAUCCAGGACCUCUCUCCUGCACAGGAACGGGAAGUGCCUGCUGCCUCUAACAUGGUGCAUGGUGCUCAAGGCCCUCAUCAGGAUGAACACUCAAGGAAGAUCCGCGAGUAUCAGCAUCGACUUUUGGAACGGAGCCGCCGGCACCAGCAGUCGGUGGUGGAUGCGCGCAGACAGCUGCAGGAGUACCAGAGGCUGCUGAUGACCAAGUACCCCAACAUGGCGGCAGCGCCGGGACACCCUUCUGCCCCUUCCCUCCGGGGGGUAUCUGUCUCCAGCAUCCCUGUUGAAGUCUGUCCUGGACCGUUGCCUCCCACUAGCUCUGCUCCCGUGCAGAAAGAGACCACUUCCUUGCGGAAAGAAGCCACCUCUGGCAUCCCAGCGGCAUAUGUUGCUCAUACCCUUCAGGCUCCAUGCCUCUUUGCUCCUGGGGGGCAGCUGUUUCGUCCAGGACCCCAGCCUGCACUGCCAUCCCAGGUUACACAAGAGCAUUCAGAGACCAGGCCAGUUGGGAUGAUGACGCACCCCCUCUUGGGAAUUCUGGGUAAUGGAUCUGAGGUGGUCCCAGAGAGCUCCCUGGAGGUCAUUCCCGGCCAAGGUGCUGAUACUGGGACGUGGUCCCUGCGAAUCACUGAAACCGCUGUGCAGUUCCCCAGGCCACCUUCUGCUGACCAGGAGCUGACGUGGAACACCUCAGAACUGGUCCAUGAUGUGCCGGCACCCCUGGUGGAGGAGGAGCAGAUCCCUGCGGAGCCGGUGCCACAGGUGGCAGCCUUCCUUGGCCCGCAGGGGGUGCCGGAGGACACCCUGCAUCAGCACCAGCAGGAGCACAGAGGGCCCAUGAAGUCUGUGCUCACUGAAGUUCAGCACUCGAGGAGCAGCCAGACCCAGCGGCUCAGUCUCAUGUCUGCUCUGCUGAGCGCCAUGGAAGAGUCGAACCUCGAUGAAGUGACGCCUGAGGGCAGGUCCCCAGUGUCGUCCCACGGAGAUGGUCAGGGACAAGACGGCUCCCUCAGCCGUCAUCUUUUGGACAGUGACUCAUUUAUGCUUCACAAGGAACAGAUCAACAGGAAAGGCGCACACCCCAGAGCCCCCCGGCCUCCCAUGGUCCGACCCAGGCUGGGUAUCCUUGAGAUGAUCGAACAACAUGAACUGAGCGCCAUCCAGGAGGUGGAGACACCAGACAGCAUCAGCUUUGCCACAGCUGGGGAGGCGGAGUCGACAGAGGUGUCCUGCACCGCUAUGGAGGAACCGAGGGAAUGGGCCUCCCCCAUUGGCUCUCUCGGCAGCGAGGGCCGGGGCUGGAGCACAGGCAGGACGGACAGCGGGAGCUCCAGUAGACUGACGUGGCGGGAGCGUCUUCGCAUGGAAGCCAGCUGGUGCCUGGAGAGAGGUUCAGUCGCAGUCCCAGCACUCUCGGACAUCCUGCGUUCCCGGGGUGUUCAGCGAGGUUCCGGGCUCACGAAGGCUGAUGGGAGCUCAGUCACUGAGCAGAAGGCAUCUUCCCGAGGGUCAACCGACAGACACUCUCUGCCAUCAGGGCAUCACAUUGAUCCAGAGCACUUGUCUUCCACCACUAUUUCUACGGGGAGUUUCUCCACGGAGGAGCCAAACCUCAGCACCAUUGGUGUCGAGUUCCACAACAGCGGCAGCUUCUUCGGAUCCCUCCCUGGACACAGCGUCACUGAUGCGUCCCCGAAGUCCGAGUCCCUCCCGUUCAGCCGGAGCGUCCAGGGUAUCAUCGACAAGUACACCAAGGAGCUCAACGACUCCCUGAGCACUGCCGGAAGCCUCAAAGGGAACAGGGAUUCUGGUUUGGGGGCGCCCCACUCCCUUACAGUCCUGCCCGGGACACCGAUCCGGCAGGACACGCCGCACGUCCAGCCUCGGGUCUCUGGGGAGGGCGCCGCAGCUCUCCGCACGGACCAGACACUCGGAACACCGAACCGUUCGCAGGAGUGGGAGACUCUGUCCAGCAGCCCUGUGAACCUCCUCAGCGGACAUGGAGGUGCUCUUAGCUGUGGAAGCAUCUCUAGAAGCAGCUUCGAAGGGCAGCAGAACACUUCUAGUCACUUUCUCCCUCUGGAGCCAAAGUCUGACGUUGACUCUUGCUCUUCCUCAUCUUCAUCACGCCGCGCAGGGUGGCGGGAACAGGCGACGAGAGCUGAGCAGUGGGACCGUGCCGUGAGCAGAAUCGUACAGCUGCUCUCUGACCAGCCCUCCUCUCUGCGGCCCGGAGAGGAAGCGGACGCCAGCGUGAGCCUCCUGAUUGCUCAGCUGCUGAGUCAGUCCUCACAGUGGAUGGAUGCGGGCAGCUCCGCGGGCAGCUCCCCGGCCAGCGAGAGGCAGCAGAACGAUGCCGCAGGUGGGAGCAGAGUGCGAUCGCCGGCACCCCAGGUGGUAAAGCAGGACUUCUUACACCGUAAGCAGGAUGGGAGUGCUGGGAUACUCAGGACUGAGGCCCCACUCCUCACGCAGGUGACAGGAGAGAACGCCCAGGAGCUUCUCGCGGAGUCCGUUUCAGAACUUCAAAACGGCGGGAGCUUCCAACCCGUCCCCUGGUCCCCUCCGCAGGAUCACCCAGCGAAUGAGGAAACGCUCCUGGAUGCCACUUCGGAUUUUUUCCACCCUCUGCUGGCUGAGACGACGGCGAACGGCACCUUGGAGAGCUCAGUCACCCUGCAGGGGUCACAACCCCUCGGCCUACCCGAGGCGCUGCUGUCGGCAGGGCGGACCCUCGCCGAGUCGGAACCCCUGUGGGCUUCAGAGGCCUCCCUGGAGCAGCUGAGGGCGGAGCACUCAGACCUCUUGCAGGACACGGGGGCCAUGCUGAGCGACUCCUCCCAUGUUACCAUGCUCGACUCCGCCAUCAUGUCCUUUGUCGUCGAAGACCCAGGGCUCACCAGCCCGCUCCUCAAGGACUCACACUCAGAGCCAAGUCACCAGGAGCUCUGUAGCGUUCGCACGUUGGAAGCUCCGGAUCCAGAGCAGCAACGGAAGGAGAUCUCUCUACCGGUCUGGGAGCGGAUAAUGGAGGCUGGCAGUGGGAGGGGUAUCCUGGAGGAGCCGGAUUUGACCCUCCUCAGCCUCGCUGACAGCACAGCGGAGCAGGAGGAGCCGUCCGCCGUGCAGAGGGAGGGGAGCGAAACCCUGGGAGGCGGGUGCGAGAGCCACAAGGGCGAGGACAAUGUGUCCAGCGAGGACAAAAAGAGUGGCGAGUGUGCGUCUCCUGGGGGAACCGACAGGAACUCUGGGGAUGAGACGGUGGCGUCCCGAGCAGCUAUGAUGCUCCUGGAGUUCCACGCGACUCCUGGGCGCUUGCAGGACCUUUUCCUGCAGAAACGGCAGGACUUUGUCCGGAGGUCAGCUCAGAGGCUGGAGCAAGUGAAGGCCCGGAGAAGGGAGGCAGCGUCCCUGCGAGCUUCCCAGCUUGGGAGCGGUGCACAGGGCCAAAGGGCGUCACCAAAGGACCAGUUGAGCAGUGCUGAGCUGAAGAAGGUCGGAGAAGUAAAGGUCUGCGCUGCGGAGCAGAGGAAGAUGGAGGAGGCUGAGAUGUACCAGCGAACGGAGAGGUUAUAUAACCAGCUGGAGGAGGUGCGGCAGCGCAAGGAGAUGAGGACAAGGCAGGAAUCUUACACCAGGAACCGAGAGAAGGCCAAGGAGUUCCAGAAGGUAGAAGACAUGGCACACACACUGUUGUGGUAGAAACGUAGUGGAACAGGGUAGCAGGGCUAUGGGGGGGGGGACCGUUGGCAGGUCUUCUUCCUCAUCUUCAACCCCCUAUGUUUCACAUUUUAUCACUACCUUGUUCAGUAAAUUCCACAGUGUUUCUGUACAUAUAUUUCCAGCAAGCUCAUCACAUACAAGGUGUAUGAGUUUGUCCAUACCCCUCCAGGAUAGGCUCCGGAUCACCACCCC